AUGCUCUCGGAAUUCGAAGCUUCCAUGUCUAUAACGGGGAAGACUCCUCAUGCAGUCUAUUGCAUUUGUGGAAUCACAAAGGAAGAUAGACAUGCUGUAUUAUUAGUACCUAAGGAGGAGCUGGAAGAAACUAAACAAAAGUACAAAACCUUAACAAGUAUUCAUAUUUAUAGUAUGGAAGAGCACCGCCCCAAGGAUGGAUCCGCACUUGUUAUCACAGACUAUAAGCCGACAACGGAUGAAUCCGCACUUGUUAUCACCGAUUGUAAGUCGACAACAGAUGAAUCUGCACUUGUCAUCAUGGACUGUAAGCCGACGACGGAUGAAUCCGCACAUAUUAUCACAGACUAUAAGCCGACAACGGAUGAAUCCACACUUGUUAUCACAGACUAUAAGUCUAACAGUAUGGAAAUUGAUCAAGAACAAUCACCUCAAUUAUUAUCUAAGAAACAGGCAUUGCCUUGUGGUAAACGCAAGGUAUCAAAAAAACGAAUAUACCAAGAUGCAAAAGGUUUUAAAGUGAGCGAAGAUACAUAUGAAUGGGAGUCAUUUUCAGAAGGUGAAUGUGACCCUCGGCAAACUGGGAUUAACGUGAAAAUCAAACCGGAGAGGUCAAGUAUUAAGAAUAGCGUAAAUAAGCGUGGGAAGAGAAAAGGCGAUGAUUCUUCUCAAAAAAGCUUGUUGAAUUUUUUUGGGAAGAUUUAG